UGUACCUAUUGACUGUACUUGCUAUGCUUGCUAUAAUUCUCUUUCUUCUAUCUACUUACGCAACAGGCUUGAUCUCCAGGUUAGCAGAAUUAGGGUGAAAGAGGAAGAAUCUAAAAACAAGUGAAAUGUGACUUAAAAAGGAAUUAGUAUUACUGAUCUGUCUUGUGUAGUUGAUUCGUUGAUAAGGAAGAAAGGGUGUAUGUCUUUUAUUUGGCAGUUGAAACAUAUAGCUGAUAUUUCGUUUCUUCAGUUGACAUUAUCCUGGAAAAAAUGGAAUCUAGGGAAGGUAUUUGAAGUGUCAGAUGUCAUCAAACUUACCUGUUGAGUUUUCUUAUUUUGUUUAUAUGGAUUGUUCUCAUUUGUCAUUAAUUAUAGUAGUAUUUUUAUUUAUUUAAUUAACGUCAACCCAUCUUCAAGUGGGGAAGCAAUGGUACACUAUGUACUAGAACUAGACAUUGGGCAAUGGUACAGUAUACAUACUACUAGACACAUUGGGCAAAGGUGAACUAGUAGACAUAUUGAUGAUGUAUGUAUGGUUUAUAUAUACCAGGUGUUCAACAACCACUUUGGCAUAGCUUUAGUAUUUAUCGUUGUCUCACAAAACCAAUACUAAGUGGUAGAGUUCAGAUGCAAAUAGAGAAAGCCACGACAAUUAGUUGGAUGUUCUUUUUGACACUAAUUGCUACUUUCAUCUACGUUUAUUUUUAUCUAGCGAGGAGUAUAGGGUGUAGCCUGAUCACAAGUUUUAUUUCAGAAGGGUUGGGUAUCAACGAGGUUAGACUAUUCAUUACUUCUCACAUCUUGUAAUUGCGCUACAAGGAUGGGUUUUUCACUGGUCAUGUUCCGAAAGUAUGUCUGGAUUCGUGACUGGAUCCAGCUGGAUCAAAGUGGAAAACUGUCGAAGCACUGGUACAGCAAUUUGUUUGCGUUAUGAAUAUGGAAUACUUGUGUAAGGCGUGACUGACGACCGAGUGCAGUUGACGUUUGGUCAUCGGCGCGUUCUAUGACGCGCACGUGCUUUCUGCCACUUCACGGUUUCCUUGUUGUACCCAUUGCCAUGAUUACACGAGUCGAGUGUUGACUCUAACUUGUCUCGCCCUAUUUCUGGCACGCAAAUUCUAAAGCGAACUGCGAGAAGGUGUCGAUGCGUGGUCGUAUUUGGUCGCUACGUGCUAAAUUCUAGGCCGGCCCACGUCGCACCUCGACCAAUUACAAAUUCGGAUUGAAAUAUAAUUGUUCUCGCGUCGACUAGAGAACGUUGCGUGACGUAAUAUGAUACACACGUAGUAACCGAUAAGAAGGCGCUUGUUGUUUAUGCAUGUCGGUGCGUCAAGCGUGGGCACGGCAGGGUUAAAAAGGAGGCGGAGACACCGUGGGCAAUAGACUGCACUCGGUAAUUUGGAGUGUUUUCUUUAUGUGCAUGUGUUUAUCCGACAAUUCAUGAGCUAAUAUCGGAGUGCUAGUCGCAGUGGGUCAUUUGAAGACGGAGCAUCGAAUUGAGCAGAGUACUAAUAUUUAGUGUCUAGGAAGGUGAUAUAGCACUUCUUCUGCAAUGGCCUCUGUACGACGACGAAACUCGUCCGACGAGUUUGCCAGUUCGCCCGACAGCGAACGUUGGACUCUGAGCGACAGCGACAGCGAAUCGACUGUGGACGAAAUGAUGGACGACAGUCUGACUAGUCUACAGUGGCUACAAAACAUGCAGUUUCACUUAGACGUGAGUGAAAACACUCUCGACGGCUGUGAGGACAAGACAGGAGAAUCACAACAGCUACCAGGCUGUGCUGCCACGGCUGUACAAGUCAACGCAAACACGCCCACCACCGGCACGACGACCAUUACAGGACAAAACGGCUCUGGCCGCAAUGAAGACGUCGACUACAGGACGAAUGCGCAUCUCAAGCCGCCUUACUCGUAUGCGACACUGAUCUGCAUGGCCAUGAAAGCGACCAACCAGACGAAGAUAACAUUGAGUUGCAUAUACAAAUGGAUCAUGGAAAAUUUCAUGUAUUACCGCAAAGCGGACCCUGGCUGGCAGAAUUCGAUCAGGCACAACCUGUCACUCAACAAAUGCUUCAUCAAGGUCGCAAGGACGAAAGACGAUCCAGGAAAAGGCGGAUACUGGAAGAUCAAUCCCGACUACGAGGACUCGUUCGAGAACGGCGUCUUCAAGCGCAGACGCCACAGCAGCGGUGUCAAAUCGACAAGCAGCAGUGAUCACGCUGCAUCACCUAAGAGCGCGUCUCGUAAGACGUCACGAAGUUGUCGAGACCGCGAGAGGAAUGCGAGGUGUGGCUUUGGGACAUCCCCACACGGUAAAUUCGCGUCUUCCAAACGAAAGGUCGCCGCUAACGGUGCGGUCGACGUCAAACGUGUUAGAGAGGAGGAAGUCGUAAUGGACGGUGCAGACAUCGAGGACGCGAUUGGUGUUCUAAAGGGAGAGCUAAGCUGGUCAUCUAUUCUUGAACUGCCCACCUCGUGUACUGGUCUGACGGAGCACGUGCCACCACUUGACACGCCUAUAAUGGAUAGCGAAAUGUCAGUUUUUCCCAGCAUGUCUUUAGCCUCAUCUCUUCCUGUAGAGCGAUUUCAAUCCUCUUGUGGAAGUCCCAUCACGACGUUCACACCUCCGGCAUCUGUGAGUUCAGUCGACGGCUGCGACCAGCCCACCUUUGACAUACCUGUCAAAUUGGAGCCGGUCGACUGCGACAGUCUCACUUGCACUGUCUUUCUACCAACGAGUCUGCCGCCAUCUCCGUCUCCUUUCGAGCAUCCAUGGGCCGAACAGCGAACUGCGACGCCGUUCGAUUUCGAUAAGAUGCUGAGAGGGUCGCAAAUGCAAGCAGUUCAAGUACCGCAAGGUCUGCCCUCAUUUGACGCUUGCGGUUGGAACGUCUUAUAUCAACAUUGCUGUUAGACUACUUCAUCCUAUGCAUAGUACAGAUCUAAGUAUUUAUUAUAAGCCUUGAGGGGCUCUUGCACCUUUCAGUGGAAAUUAGUGAACCGGUAGUCUGGUUUGAUUGGAGAUGUAAAGUUGGAAACCUGAUUAGUGUAUAUGUGUGUGUGUAUAUAAAUAAAUGGUAUCCUAUUUACAUGCUCAA